GAGGAGCGCGCGCGAGAGAGAUGGGGAGGAGAGGCAAGGCGAUUCUGCCGACCGCCGCGAUGCUGCUAUGCUCAGUCUUGAUCCUAAUCGAAUGGUCGCAAUCCGCCGCAGCGCUGUGGCUGAGCCUGCCGCCGCAUGCGAUGAAAUGCGUGUCGGAGGAAAUCCACGCCGGCGUCGUCGCCUUGGCGGACUAUGCCAUCGUCCACGAGGGCGAUCCGCAGAUGGCGCCCUCCGUCACCGUCAAGGUAACUUCCCCGAACGGAGAUAUACUUCAUCACAAGGAGAAUGUUACAGCAGGUCACUUUGGGUUCACUGCCGAUGACCCGGGCAACUAUCCGGCGUGUUUCUGGCUUGAUCCUCAUCACAGUGGAAGAACUGGAGCAAGCGUUAGCAUCAACUGGAAAAUCGGCAUUGCAGCGAAGGACUGGGGAAACAUUGCUAAGAUAGAAAAAAUUGAGGGUGUUGAGCUUGAGCUGAGGAAGCUAGAGGAAGCCGUGGAGGUGAUUCAUGAAAAUUUGUUGUAUCUCAGAAAGAGAGAAGCAAACAUGAGGGAUCUGAGCGAGAAAACAAAUAAUCGAGUUGCAACGUUCAGUAUUUUGUCCCUUGGCGUUUGUAUAGUUGUUUCUACAUUGCAGUUGUGGCAUCUGAAAGGUUUCUUUCUUAAAAAGAAGCUCAUCUAAUUAUUUCUUUAAGCUCCAUUCCAUGUAGAAAAAUAAAAAAAAAUAAUUUCA